AUGAGGCACAGCUUCUGGGAGCAGCUCCAUCUGGCCCUUGCCCUUCUACUCUUAAUUCUGGGGUCCACUGUGACUGAAGAUGCCCCUCACAGCUGCUAUGGGAUCCCAGGGCUGCCAGGCAUGCCAGGGCUGCCAGGCAAGGACAGCCAGGAUGGUCUGAAGGGAGCCAAAGGUGAGCCUGGUGUCCCAGCCACUCCUGCAACACAAGGGCCCAAGGGCACGAAAGGAGACCCUGGCAGCCCUGGCCUGCCAGGCAAGCAGGGCCCCACGGGUUUCCGUGGCCCCCCCGGACUGCCCGGGCCAGUGGGCACGCCUGGGGCACCAGGAAUGCCAGGCAGCUACAGGCACAAGUUCCAGUCAGCAUUGUCAGUGAUGAGGCAGACCAGGGGGCACCCCCUGAGGAACGUCCCUGUGGUGUUCAACCAAGCCAUCCCCAACAGCACCCGCGACACCAGCGGCAGCGUCACCAGCAGGCUCCCUGGCCCCUGCUGCUUUGUCCUGCACACCUCCCAGACUGCCAACCUGUGCCAUCCUCCACACCCCCCAGACUAGGGGGUGGCCAGCUUCUGUGGCCACAAGACCAGCGCCGUGCAGGUCAGCUCUGGGGGUGUGCUCCUCCACGAGGGCCUUGAGAGCCAGGUCUGGCUGGCAGUGAAUGACUACAGUGGCAUGGUGGGCACCAGCUGCGCCGACAGCACCUUCCCAGGGUUCCUGCUCUGCCCAGACUAG